AUGGGUUGUUUAUUCCACUUAGGGCAGUGUUUAUGGAGGAAAAUCCAAGAGCUACAUCUUGUUGAAGAAUAUCGCAAUGAUGAAAAUGUGAGAAUGCAUUUGAAAAUGUUACUAGCGUUAUCUUUUGUCCAAGAGGGCGACGUAAUCACUGCUUUUGAGGAGCUAACCGAAAGCUGUCCACGAGAAAUUGAUGCAGUCAUCGAUUACUGGGAAGAUACUUAUAUGGGACGGCAAAGAAGAAAUCGGAGAGCAGAUCCAAAAUUUCCUAUUCAUGUAUGGAAUGUUCAUGAUAGAGUGCACCAGGGCCUUCCGCGUACAAACAACUCUGUAGAAGGAUGGCAUCAUGCUUUCCAACACACCGUUGACUGUCACCAUCCAUGUAUUUUCAAAUUAAUAGACCACUUCAGGAAGGAACAAGACCGGGUAGAAAGAGUUGGAACAUUUUCGAGCCGGCUUCAGAAAUCCCGAAGCUUCCAAAAAGAAGAAAAUUCCGUUUCCAUCUCAAAUUGA